AUGACCGUCAACAGCAUUGAACAGCAGACAACGGUGCCGUAUGCACAUCAAACAAACGGAACAGCAGAGCGUGCCAUUAGGACUAUUGUCACGAUCGGCCGCAGCAUGCUUCAUCAUGCCAAACUGGACAAGUGUUUCUGGGCCGAAGCAGCGAUGACGGCCAUCUACGUCAAGAAUCGACUGCCGUCACCUAAAGUCGUGCACAAGACCCCGUUUGAGAUCGUCUACAACUUGAAACCAAGCGUCAAGCACAUGCGAACAUUCGGGUGUCAGACAUACAUACUGACGCCUAAAGAGAAUCGACUCAAGUGGGAUCCAAAGGCUCGCGCUGGCAUAUUCGUGGGCUACGAAGAAGUUUCGAAGGCAUAUCGUGUUUAUGACAUCGAGGCGGGGCAGGUGGUUAUCAGCCGCGAUGUCAACUUCGACGAGUCCACCUUUGGACUUCAACUGCCGAUCACUGAUGAAGAUGUCGAUGACCUGGACUUCGAAUUGCUGGAUCUUGAUGACGAAGAGCUGCGUCAAAUGGAGUACAAGCAAACAGGCAAGCGCAAGAACCGACUCAAUGAUGAAGAUACAGCAGCUCCACGACCGCGUGCAGUGCGUCAACGACCAGGACUAGAAGAGUCAAGCGCGCCGGAAAACAACUCGUCACGACAAGAAGAAGACGAAGAAACGAAGGAUUCUGGUGAUUCAACACCGCCUGUGUUUUGGCGUGCGAGUGCAAAUGCCGUUGAAGCAGCAGUGGACUUAUCAGAACCCUCAACAUUUGAAGCAGCAGUAAGCGGCCCUGACCGAGUGCACUGGAGAAAAGCAAUUCAUGCAGAGCUCGAGUCAAUGCGACUUCGCGGUGUGUUUCGUGCAGCCAAGCUGCCCAACGGACAACGCGCCAUUGGCACAAAAUGGGUGUUCAAGAUCAAGCGCAAGGCGGAUGGGUCAAUCGAGAAGUACAAGGCACGACUUGUGGCCAAGGGUUUCCGCCAAAAGUAUGGCAUCGACUACACGGAGACGUUUUCGCCUGUGGUCAAGUAUGUGACGCUGCGAAUGGUGAUCGCAAUUUCCAAGCAUUUUGGAUGGCCCAUCGACCAGCUUGAUGUGGUGACAGCUUUCCUGUAUGGCGUCAUGAAGGAACAAGUGUUCUGCGUGAUUCCUGAAGGCGUCGAACUUGACAGUACGUUCGAUUGCCUGGAAUUGGUGAAGUCAAUUUACGGCCUCAAGCAAGCGUCGCGAGUGUGGAACGAGACGUUCGACGAGUAUGUGUGCUCCAUCGGAUUUCAAGUAUCGGACUUCGACCCAUGUCUCUACAUCAAGACUUCGUGA